GCAAAGCCCCUCAUUUUGGCAGAAAUUACGAUGUCGACCAGCCGCAAAUUAAAGAGCCAUGGCAUGAGGAGGGGCAAGAACCGAGCUCCUCACAAGGGAGUCAAGAGAGGUGGCAGCAAGAGAAAAUACCGGAAGGGCAGCCUGAAAAGUAGGAAACGGGGCGAUGAUGCCAAUCGCAAUUAUCGCUCCCACUUGUGACCUGCCAGCGGGCUCUGCCCUGGUGGACUUCACACAGCACCAGGCAGCAGCGAGAGGACAGCAGAAGGGGGACUGCCAAGGAGACCUUGUUAGACCAAAGCCAGAGGAGAGCCUAUGGGGUGUGGAUAAAAUGCCAGUCAUGAUGAAAUGAGGAAUGUAUAUGUUGGCUGUUUCCCCCUAACAUCUCAAUAAAAUUUUGAAA